AUGGAGAAUGGUAGAGAGAGUGAAAAAAUUAAGAUCAAUAUGAAGGAACAUCAAUGGAAAAUAUUUGAAUAUAAUAUGAGCAAAUGGAUGAUUGAAAAUAAAUACAUUUUAGAUAAGGAAGAAAAGAAAAAAUUUUACAAGUGUGCAAAUUAUAGUAUAGGCACUGGAAUGAUAAAUGCGUCGUUAGUGUAUUAUUUUUGCAAAAGAAAUAAUAAGUUCUUCACACCUACGUCAAGAUUAUUUCUCGUAUUUUCAUUGGGUAUUUAUACCUCCAUGGUAGUUAAUAAAAUUUUUAGACGCAAAGCAUACAUGGAGAUAUUAACAGAGAAAACGACAAUGACCGAUAAGGCAAGAGAAGUCAUGAACGACAUCUUGAAUGUAAAAGAAGACAUUGAUAAAACGUCUUCAAGUGGUAAUGUAAACAAAUUAGAUAAUAAGAACACUUUAAAUAUAUAUUCCAAUGCCUUACAUGAUGAUGGGCAGGCUGGACUAAAUGUAGGGGAUUCCCACCCGAAGGACAAUACAAAUGCAUCUUUAGUUCAAGAUUUGAAUGAAACCAUUUUAAAUGAACAAAUGAAUGAUGAAUUUGAAAGGUGCAAAGAUUUAUCAAUUUGCACAGAUGAAAAUUUAAAAAGAAUAAUAAAAUCAUUAGAAAAAAAUUCUUAA